AUGACAGAGUUAAAGGUCACUUCGAAGAAAGGCACUGGCUUCUACACGCGGGCGGCCGCGACCUUUCUCCGUGGAACCGAUGACAAGGCGCCGGUGCCGUCGAUCACGUUGAGUGGCACGGGGCCUGCCGCCGCCACUGCCGCCGAGACGGCGAAUGCGAUCCAGAAGCAGGGCCUGGCCAGCAUCACGCGCGUUGAGACGGGUUACCCCGAGGUCGGCAGCCAGAGCGUGGCCAGAUUAGCGGUGACUCUCACGGCCCCCUGGCCGUAUCCAGAUGCCAGCAGCUACAGCAACUUCGAUGAGAUCGUGGUGGAGAGCUACGCGCUUGACCACGAGAUCAGCUUUGCCAAAGGCAUCCUGGAAGGCUCCAUCGAGUUGACGCUGCGUGCUGUGCGGGAGGGCGUGAGCCACGUGGUGCUGGACAGCCGAUCCCUGAGCAUCACCAAGGUCACGGGCGCGGACGGCGCGGCGCUCGACUUCGACGUCGGUAGCAAGGGUCGAAGAUCCGAGGCGCUGGGUGAGGCACUGGACGUGCAGCUGGGAAAAGCUCUGGACGCUGGAGACAGCGCGGUGGUGCGCAUCGCCUACUCCACGGCGCCGGAUGCCGUGGCCAUACAGUUCCUAUCGCCGCAGCAGACCCAGGGGAAGCAGCACCCCUACUUGUUCACCCAGUGUCAGGCCAUCCAUGCGCGGUGCCUCAUGCCGUGCCAAGACACGCCAGGUGUCAAGAGCCGGUACACGGCCAAGCUAACAGUGCCUGCUCCGCUGACCGCUUUGAUGUCAGCUGUGCCGGAUGAUGCGGAACCUAAAGAGGCAGAGGGCAAGCGCUGCUUCUCCUUCACCCAGAAGGUUCCCAUCCCCUCGUACCUCUUGGCCAUUGCCUGUGGCAACCUCGUCGCGCGACGAAUCGGUCCGCGCAGCCACGUUUGGAGUGAGCCAGAAGCGAUCGAGGCGUGUGCCUUCGAGUUUACGGAUACCGAGAAGUUCUUGAGCAUCGGAGAGAAGCUCUGGGGUGAGUACUUCUGGGGCAUCUACGACCUCCUGGUGCUGCCGCCCUCGUUUCCCUACGGCGGCAUGGAAAACCCGUGCCUCACCUUCGUCACUCCCACGCUCUUGGCGGGGGACAAGUCCCUUGCGGCCACCGUGGCCCACGAGGUGACGCACAGCUGGUUCGGGAAUCUCUGCACCAACCGGAGCUGGGAAUGCUUCUGGCUGAACGAGGGCUUUACCAAGUUCGGGGAGCACCGGAUCAUGGGAACCAUCAAUGGCCCAGACUACGAGCAGCUGCUGGUGAGGCAAGCCAUGGUGGAGCUGGCGGGAGAUGUGGCACACUUUGGUCCGGGCCACGAGUUCACGAAGCUCUGCCCCCAGUUGAAGGGAGUGGAUCCAGAUGAUGCCUUCAGCCGAGUGCCUUAUAUGAAAGGUGCAUCGCUUUUACUGCAUCUUGAGAAGUUAGUGGGGAAGGACCGCUUCGAAGCCUAUCUCAAAGCUCACGUUGAGCGCUUUGCUGGAGAAUGCCUAGAUCAGGAUGACUUCAAGUCUUUCUUCAUGAAGCAUUUCUCCGGUGACCCGGCGGUGCAGAAUGUGGAUUGGCAGAGGUGGUUUUACGGAUGUGGAAUGCCUGAGAUGCCAGUUGUCCACUCUGUUCUGGCCGAAAAGGUGGACCUCCUCUCCUCCUCUCUGAUCGGUGGCUACGAGGGGGCGGCGGCCGAUCUGGAGGGCUGGUUCCCCGCGCAGACCGAGCUGCUGCUGGAGCGCCUCGCGGAUCACGUGAAAUCUGGCGAUGCCCAGGUGAGGUCCGAGAUGCGGGGCCGCCUGGACGGCUGGAGCGCGGCCUACGGCUUCGACCGGACGAAGAACGCGGAGCUACGCUUCCGCUGGCUGAAGCUGGCGCUGGCCUGCGGGGACGACUCCAGGGCCGAGGCGGCCAUCCAGAUGGCGCAGGAGGUGGGCCGCAUGAAGUUCACCCGGCCCCUCUACCGCGCGCUGAUGGCGGCGCCCGGUCUGCUGCCCAGGGCCAAAGAGGCCUUCGAGCGUGCGAAGCCGAGCUACCACCCCAUCACCGCGAAGAUGCUGGUGCAGGACUUCGCCAAAGCCGAAGCGUGA